GUAGCACGUAUUUAUACACAUGUAGGUCAAUGAAAAAAAUGGCUUAGCAGUUCAUAUGUACCGUGGCAAGGAAUAAUUUUUAAUUUAAAUGGCCUUCAGUGAUUUAUGUCACAUAAGUAAUGCGUACAAAUCCGUCGAAAAUGAACCAGACCAGUCGGAACGCAUUAUGGAAGAAAACUCUAUGGUCCGGGAUCUCAUCACAAAGAUCCUUGAUGAGACCGGACCCACAGAAGGGAGCAGCUCUGUACAACCACCGGAAAAAGCUGUAAACAGUGUACCAAACCAGUAUCCCAAAAAUGACACCGCGACAUUUCCACCGCCAAACUUUAACUAUCAAAACAACAUGUUUAACUUCCAAAACGACCAGAACGGAUUCAAUUACAAUCUGCAGAAUGGUUUUGGAAACGGUUUUGUCAAUUAUACCGACAACGACGUCGGCUUGCUUGGCGUGGACACUGUUGACGCGGCCACUGACGUCACACCGGAACAACUGAACCUUCUGAGGCUGGCGGCGCAAGAGAUCGGAGGCGCCCAAUUCACAAGCCCCAACAAAUUCGACGACAAAUUCUAUAAUUACUUCGAACCGAGCCAAAGAAACUCCCUGCCAGAAACAAACAUGUUCCCACUGAACAACUUCAACAGGCCUAACAGUCUGAACUUGGAAAUGAACUACAAUUCGAACUUCGAAAGCCCUUUCAACAAUGUGCAACAAAGAUUUCCGAACGCAUUCAUGAAAGAUCAGAGUCAAGAGUCAGCUGAUAUUCUGGCGUACUUGAACCAGCUGAACUUAUCUCUGGACCGUAGGGACGAUGUGCCCAAUAAUAUGGACUUUAAGAUGCACGAAAUGAAUGGGCAUUACCAGAACGAUGACUUUAAUAAAAUGCAGGAGCAAAAGAUGUUCUUUAACAGGAACUUCCAGCCGCCCCCAAACAAGAAUUUCAAUGGAGAUAACUUCUUCUUGAAUGACAUGAUGCAGGUGAAUGAUCGAGGUUUGAACCAGAACUUCGAUUUUGCGAAUCAGACGCCAGUUUCGGGUCCUAACUCGAUGAAUUUUAAGCCGAACGGAUUUCACCAGAACGAGUUUAUGAGGCGCGAUAUGGGGCAAAUGCCUCGAGAAGGGUUCCAGCCUAAUGGGACUAUGAAUGAGCAACGAAACUUUGACAAUUCCGGACGAGACAAUAUGCAGCAGGCUGCAUUGAUGAGGCAGAACCAAGAGCUGGCGAGGCAGAUGAGCUUAUUGAUGAGGAAUCGUCCACCGCCAAACCAGUUAAACGUCGAUGUCUCCUUUCUACAUGAGAAUACACCCUUUAAUCUCGGUCUUGGAGCAUUGCUAGGUCCCAGCCCACCUGUACCCCCACCAGUUUUGCCGUCGCCUAUGAUGGAUAUGCCUCUCUUAGCCCCGUUCUACGCUAUUAGGAAUAUGAGGGGCGCGGCAACCUCCUCUGGGAUUCUCCACGCGCGCCUCGACGCAUGCUACGAACAAUGGCGGCAGUUGGAACGCGAGAGGAAACGCACAGAGGCUCGCUUAGCCCUGGCUUACCCCGGUCGGGCCGUGUCAUCAUCAAACUCUAUACCUGUACCAAGACUGCCCCCGUGUCCUACUAGAGUCGACAGGCUUACUGUGGACAUGCUGCGGGAGCAUACCAAGGUUUUAACCCUAAUGGGCAAGAUGGAGACUCUACGAGCGAGCGUCUGCGUAGCUCAGAACAAGAAGCCUAGUAAACCAGAAGACGCAAAGAUCACAGUAUUGAAGAGGGGUCAAGAGAAUGUUGCUAAUGAGAAGGAGAAGGACAGUGGGGUAGAUCCGACAUCGUUUGAUCCGACCACGUGGCGUGAGGACGUCAAGAACCUUUCUGAGAUCGCCCCGCACAGUGAGGUGGAGAGCGCGAUGCUGUCGUGGCGCAGCGCCGUGGGCGCCGUGCAGGCGGCGCGGCGCCGCGAGCUGGCGCCGCACGCCGCGCACGCGCCGCACGCGCGCUACGUGCGGCAGGACCCGAUCCUGCAGCUGGCGGAGGCGGUGAAGCAGCUGGGCGUGUGCGCGCGGCGCGCGCGCUGCGCCAUGUGGUGCGACCUGACGCUCACCGUGGCGCUGGCGCCGCCGCACGCGCGCGCCGACCCCGCCGCCCACGCCGACGCCGCGCCCGCGCCCGCGCCCGCGCCCGCCAAGAUCUCCGUGAACGAGCUUAACCACAGUCCGAGUUCCCACCACAAUGCGAAGCAACCGGCACACGAUAACGUGGCCACAUCGAGUCCCAACAACUCGAAGCAGACGCAUCAUGAUGCUAAAGAGGACAAAUCUCCCAACGAAACAAAAAGCGACACCAAAACCGAGACAAACAACAACAAGACGUCGACAACAAACAAGCAAGUCGACAAACAACAAGACAACAAGAAUCAACAACGUCGCACUCAGAACUACAGGAAGCUCAACCAGGGCAGGAAUGACUUCUACCAGAAGAACCAAAGGUACGACAAUAGGUUCAUGCAUAAUAGACAUCCGUACUACUUGGCCACCGGCCCUAUAAACUAAUUUGACCGUCCGGAAAUUUCUAGAACGUUCUAGAAUUUUCUCGAACUGAGUCAACGAUCGUAGUUGUUUGUUAAUGUUAGAAAAGUCGAAUGUAAUCAAGGAUUUUAGUAUGUCUACGAAUUUGUAACACCCCCAAUGUUUAGGAAAAUUGGUAGCGUUUGCAACUUUAUGUAUUUAACUAAGUAAGACUUCAGCCAUUGCAAAACAAAAUGAACCUUAAAAGCGUUUUGUUUUUGUGGCACUCACCCGUGCUUAGUGAAACUCAUAAAGAGAAAAUGAAAUCGAAAAAUAGCGCUGCGGGUUCAAGUCCCGUCCGAGUCACAUUUUGCCGAUUCUAUUUUCUCUCAAAAGCGUUAUCAAUUUUCCUAAACUCUCUACAAAAUAGUUGUGAAGUUGUAUUAGCCUGCACGUUAGAUAACGUGUUUUCUACAGCAUUUAUAUCACUCGUAUAAAACGCACUGACGAUGUGAAAUUUAAUUAAUGAUGAUGAUUCAUGGCUUUGGAAACCAUGUGUUGAAGGCCGUCUUUUAUAGGUUAUGGUUCAUAAAAUAUUUAGGGAUACUAUGACUUCAUUUUAAAAUACAAUUGCAUGAUAUAACGUACAUAAACAACCAUUGUUCGUCCCACUGCUGGGCACAGGCCUCCCCUCAAUCAACCUGAGGGGGUAUGGAACAUUUUCGUACACUCCACCACGCUGCCCCCUGCGGAAAACUUCCUGCAAAAAUAUCAGAGCAUUUAAGCUCACUAGGUAUAACAUAUACACCUGUAACGCUCUUGUUAGAGGGGAGCUUCUAUAGGCAACACUUUAGGCAAUUUUCACGUAAAUAACUUCUAAUACUUGGAAUAAAACAUAUGGUUUCCAUCACUAUAAAAUCUUCCUCAUAAAUUUCGACUAUACGCGUCUUUUUAAAAUAUUUGUCUACGUUUUUAACUCUGCAUUUUACCGCCAGUAUGUAUGUUAUAAUUCGGCUUAGGAUCGGUGUUGUAAUACAAGUUUAUACGGAAUUAUUAGGGUAUUGUACUCUGUACAACUAAACGAAAUUGGGUUUUAAGAUUCCUAUAUAUACAUAUAUACGUUGUUCGGAACCGUUAACAGGUUUACUAAAAGAUUUUAUUAGAAUUGAAAAUGGAAUGCUUCUUGAAUUAAAUUCGGAAUUUAUUUCAGGAAUUGGGAUAGAAAAUAGAAGUAGUAAUUUACGAAAAUAAAAAUCAUUUGUUACUGUUUCGUAAUAGUAUAUAUUAUGGCGUAAAUUACUGGCUGCUUGUGCAUAUAUGAUUUUGAAAAACGAAAUAGUUUUUAUUACUAAAAUUAUUUGCAGCUAUUUACAGGCCGAAUCGGACGUAUUGAUAGUAACCUUAAAACAAAGAUGUUUGGUUGUAGAAGGGUACAGCUAUAAAGAUUUUAUAUCAUUCGCAAUUGGACAAAAAAUCUUAGCAAAUAGUACCUAUACAUAUGCUAAUCAAUUUUUCAAUAGAAAAAAUGGUUGUACAUCAGCUUACAAAAGUAAAAUAAAUAGUAAGUAUUAAAGUUUCACAUAUAACCGUGUUCAUAUUUUGGCUUUUGAUGUUGUAUAUUCUAUAUAUGUCUAUAUUCUAUACAUAUAGUUAUAUUUUAUCUGAAAAGAGUUGUUGUCCAAAUGCGAACUAAAUAGUCGAAUUAGACCGGAUAUACAUUCCUAUCCAAAUUGACCUUACAGGUCAUAAUAUUUGUACCUAGGAAAUUUAGAUACCUGAACUAUACCUAAAAUGAUUUAGAUCUUGUUAGGAUUCGACACAAUUCUAGAAAAUUCUAAAAGAGGGGUCGGUGCAAUCUCUAAAGACGUGUAAAAUUAUCAUAUCAACAAUAAUAUAAAUAAUGAAAUAACGAGCACUUUUUAUAAACUGUGCAUUUACUUUAAAACUUAGUACUGUCGUCGACAAUUACUUGUAUUCUAUGUCAAACGUUUGGUAACGCUUUUCGAAUUGCAAUAUUGAUGUUAGACUGACUUUUGAAUCUAGUAGACGUGUACCUCUCACUCAUACUUACAUACAAAACGCGUAAGUGCGAGCGAGACGCAUAAUAUUUCAUUAAGCUACGCGUGAUUUAAACAUUUUCCUUUGACAUCUAAUGCAAGUAUUCUGAUCACCCAGUUACAUUUUUAAAUGACUUUAUUUUAACCUAAAAAUAUCCGCGAGUCAUUUAAUACGAGUAUGUACCAAAAAAUACUUCUUCGUAAAAGUAUUCGUAAUAAGAAGACUUGACACAGGUGAAACUUGAGACCACAAUUAUUAUAAUAUUUAAAAAAAAAAUGGUAUAUCUAAACACUAGAAAGUGUGUAGGCUAGUUUGAAUGCCAAUCAUGCGUUAACAUAAUCAUGCUUGGCUGGUUAUCUAAUAAUAAAGUAUUAUUGUCUCGACGUUUAUGGACGGUGGUUAUAGGGAUAGCUGGAUGAGACGUGAUGGGCGGCGCUGGGGCUUUUGACUUGCAUAUCUCUAAAUGUCUCUUUUGGAAAGAUAAAGGGCAAUGUUUUCAUCCAAGAAAAAUACUUGGCCUUACCAUCUUUAUAUAUGGGUACGUUUUGAAUAAUAUAUUGAAUUAUUAGACAUAUCCAUUACUCAAACAAAAAGCUAUGCAUAAAGUACGCCAGGCCGUGAAAAGUAGAAACAUUUGCUACCUCAAUAAGUCAAGAAAAAAAAAACUGAAAAAGUCCCCAGCGCCAUCUAUUGCCUUUACAAAUGUUGAUUCCUUCCUUUAAAUUGGCUAGUUUACUGAUAAUACUUGCCAAAUUCCUUUUUGUUUGGUGUGAGCGAACUAAGCGAUGCCUAGUCUAACUUUGUUAAAAAUAUCUAUUUAUUAACGCUUCUUAAUGUGUGCUAUAUCGUUGUUGUCAAUGCACCUAUUACUCUGAACUUCGACCUUAGGUCGAUAGCCAGAAGAUAUAAAAUACGUACCACAUAAUGUGCUUAGUCUGAUGAUAAAUUCGGUGGUUAUUAUAAGCUCAAUUUGGAUUGAAGUCGCUUAAGUGUCGGUCCCGACGUUGACCACGGAUACGCUAAAGGAUAAUUAUAAAUUUUGCUUCCAAUUUUCGCAGUACCAUCUUCUAGUCAAUUACAUCUGACAUGCAGAAGCAAAAAUGUAACCCGACUGAAAAAUACCAAAAUGGAAUAAAUAAUAUCGCUCACAUCAAAACAAAAAAAAACCCUUUUUAAUAAAAAUGUGAUGUUUCUACGUUAAUACUAGUUGACACUAUUUUAAUAUAUCACAUUUCGUGCAAAUAAUAACAAAAAGUAUAUAAAAUGAAGUUAUGAACUACUAGCUUAUAAGUGUACCAGUUUUUAUUUAUUUUGUGUUUUUUUUUUCAAAUGAAUUUUUAUAGUUAGUUCGUUUAGGCUUAAAGGAGGUGGUAUAUGGAAUUGAUCGUUCGAUAUAGAGUGUGUAUACCGUUAGUUGGAUCGGCUAGUUUUUGUCAAUUCUUAAUUUUAAUUUGUACCACAAAUCAGCGUUUCCCAAACUGUUGAGAAUUUUUGCCCACCCAGUUUACUAUUGUCCUUACCAAAUCUUAAUUUCAAAAGACUGCAUUAAAAUAUGUACGUGUGCUUCGCUUGAGAAAUGUAGUGUCCCAUGCAUUUGCAACAUUCGUAUUCGAGUCAUAAAAUUAAAAGACGUUUGUAUGACGACUUUUGUAUGCCUACACAUGGACGUGCUCAAAAUGUAACUUUUAUACACAUGCGUUUUUAUUCAGAGCUUUGCGAAUGUGUUUAUUUACUUACAUAAUAUUUUAGAGCCAUUUUUCUUUUACUUCUCCCGUGUAAGCGGAGGGGGACCUUGUCCCAUUUCAGUUUGGGAAACACUGCGCAUGUAGAAGAUUUAAUUUGUGGUGCGAAAUAUUAUGAACUUAGUAAAAGCACUUGUGUUCUAUAGUACGGCCAAAAUGUAGUCGAUUUGAUACAUAAUUAUAGUCAGUUCCUCACGAAAUAGUUUAGUUAAUUUUAGUCAAAUAAUUUGUGCAUGUAACGUCGAAUCGCUCAUAUCUGUGUAUUAAAAUAAUAAUAAUUCGUAAAAGUGGGGUGUUAUGUCAUAGUUCCGGGGCCGCUUUUAAAUAUCGCUUUAAUUUAUAAUAUGUCUUCUUUGGUGCACAAACUCUUUCUGCCUCGUGCAGGAUUAAACCAAAACAAUUAAUAGUAAACUAAACUUCCAUCUUAAGUUCAUGUUAGUGUAUAAGGAAAAAUAUGGUUAGAGAUCGUUAUUAUUUGUGAUUCAUUUUGAUUUAACUCGCCUCUGUAUAUUAUGGAUAUUCGUAAUCGCUUGGAUGACAAAUAGCGUGGAUAACUAACGUUCGAAGUGAAUUAUAACGGCUAUAAGGUUUUUUUAGUAUUCGAAGGUAGUGCCUUUUCUAUGUGUGCAUGCAUUCUGACGUCCUGUGCAAUUUUCGGGGUUUUUUUGGAUCUGCAGAUGUGGUUAUUUGUCUUUUUUGACAAUCACCAAACUUUUUUGGGAAAAUCUAAAUUCAAACCCUUGCUUUUGAUUACAUAGAUGAUAUAAACUCUACUUCCCACCAGUACUAAAUAAUAUGUAUAUUAUUUUCUCUCCCAUAACUUUAGGCCUAGUUCUUUCCUGAAUAAAUUGGUAGUGAACAGACAAUGAGGAUAAAAACUAGAAGUUCAAAAGUAGGCAGCAGCACUGUUGAGUGUUCCUAAAUUCUGUCAGUUCUCGAUACUGUCCUGCUAAAAUUCGUUAUAAAUUGCUAAAAAAUGUAAAGCAACUUGAAGUGUAUCCCGUCUAAAGGAUGAGUUACGAAAAAGAAAAACAGCCAGUUGGAAAAAGGCAGUUUUUAUUGAAAACAAGUUUUCUUCUUUCCAAUCUUUAGGGAAUAAAUAUAACAUGAUUUUGCAGUAAAAUGCUGCGCAAAGGGUUAUAGUGCGAAAAUGUAAACAAAACAAUAUGUUUGUUUACUCAAAAAGUAUGGGGAACUGUCAAAAUUUCACAACACUUGACAGUAGCGACACCUGGUGGGAGAAACACAGUUUUGUACCCCAUUUGUCAGUGAUUUGUAAAAUGAUUCUCCAAUCGUCGUAUAUAUGCUUAUUUAUGUACUUUUAAAACCAAGUUCUUUUUUACUUUUUUAAAUCUCCUCACCGAUUUAAAACAAAUACCAUACCUGCAAAUCUAACUAAACCCAAAACAAAAAUAAAUUGCGGUGUCAUGUACAAAAUUCGAAGUGUUGUUGUUUAAACGUUGAUUUUCUAGAUUUUAGUUUGCUGAUAUUAAGUUUUAUACCUUUCACAUGUGAUGCAUUUCCUAAUGAAUUAGUAUAUUUAUUGAUUCGUGUAGAACAGAUUGGGCGUCGCGUUUAAAUGUGGGGUUGGUACACAAAUAUAAUAUAUAAAUAAAUUGAAUAUAUACGAAAAUAUAACACUCGCUUCGAGGAAUUGACGAAUUAUUUUGUUGAUACUUUUAUCAAUUUUAAUUCUUACUAUUCUAAUGAUGCUACUGCCUACCGAAUGUUUUUUGUCAUACUACAAUAGGCUAUUGGGUCAAAUAAUUUAGUUUAAAUAUAAAAAUGUACCAGAUAUUUCUUCUACCGGACAACACUUUGAAUAAAGCGCUUAUUUAGCUAGAAAAUAUAAAACCUAGUAACUGUUUAGAUGGUCUAAUAGGUGAUUAAAAUGAAUUAGAAGGAGAAAGGGUAAAAAUAUAUUGAUAUGAAUUUAUUUUCAUAAAAAAUAAAAUAUAAUAGACUACAUUUAACCAACCCCAUUCGUCGUAUGCUUCCAUAUAUUGAUAUAUUUAAAGAAAUAUUAGUACAAUCGAUUCGCACUUAGAAUAUUUUAGCGCGUAGUCAAAGAUAUAUCCAACUUCGUAAACAAAUAUUUAGCACAAUGAAAAUGUUUAGUUUCAUAGCAAAUUUUAAUAGUUAGUUAUUUCUCUACUUAAUCGUAUUCUAUCUUCAGUGUUUUCCCACGUUGCCAUAUAUUGUAACUAUUUACCUCAGGAUAUUCUUGCAUUGAAUUUGUUAGCCAAUGUACCACUUGCGCGGUUUUAAAUGUAACAAAAUGUUGCUAUUUAAAGUUGUUUUUUCUUAAAUAUAAUUGGUUACAGCAGUUAGCUAAUAAUUUGUUGGAACAGUAACAGAAUUGUUAGUGCAACUGUUCAAAUGGUACUACAGUUUUGGUUAUACUAAAAAGCGAUUUCGUUAUUCAGUGUUUAGGACGUUUCUUCUUAUAACGGUUAUUUAGUUUCUUUUCUUCGGAGAUUUAAUUAUAAGUCCAACAUGAAUAUAGGCUCCGCCACUUUAUUAUUAUUUUAGUCACUUUUUAGUGUAAUCACAAUUUUAGGUUGUUGUUUUUUUCUAUUUAUUUAGUUUGGAUUUGACACAGAUGAAUUUAUUUACUUAUUAUAUUUUUACAUUAUAUAAAGUAUAUUACUAAAAGACCAUUUAUUGAAAUGAAUUUUCCGUGGCUAUGAAAUGGUUGACCUCCGUGUAGGAUAAAUAAAUUGUUUAUUAUAGUAAUUGGAAUAAUAAGUGCCACAACUAGCUUCUUUUAAACUAGAUCGUAUCGAUGGGAGCGUUGCUUUGAAUUCGCAAAGUGUUCGACUUGCGUCGAGUCAAACGUCUAAAGAAAUGAUGUAGGUAUAAAUAUCUCGAGUUAUAAAGACGUGUUAUAAGGGCCUACCGUAUUACGCAGAGCAUAUCAGCUUUAAUGUUAGACGGCUGUGAAUAAGAGAGUAAUAUAGUAUUAGCUAAGCAACGCUCCGGUCACAGCUCACAAACAGAAGCGAAUAAAUUGUGUUAGCUCAAAAAUAUCGUACCUUCCGUCCAUGCCAAGUGGAAUUUUCGCAUAGAAUAAGCUUGUCCUAAUGCAUUUGAGUAUCCAAAAAAGUUUCAUACCAACUGCUAUUGCUUCUAUCCAACUUGAAUACGUUACUUUUAAGUUCUUAAGCGUAAAUGUCAAAUACUAAUCGUAAUUAUUUCAUAUGAAAAAGUAAUUUCUGAAUUUCUAUAUGACCAACGCUUAAAACAGCAUAUCUUUAUAAGAAUACGUGUGAUAUAACCUAAUUAUAAUUGUAAUUAUAUCCUUACUUAGUCCUAAUGCCUAUGUAAUACGUGAAAAAUUUCUAAAAAUACCAAAUCUAUUCAGUACUUAAUUUAAAGCCAAUAAUGAACGCUUAUGGUGGCAAACGGAAUAUCUAUAUUAAGUGUAAGUGAGUGAUCUAAAAUUCCUAAAGUUAUCAGUAAUUCGUCCUCUCAAUGUCUACGAUCUCAAUGCGCUAUCUACCUCUAUUACUAAAUAAAAACACUUAAUUCAACACUAAGACAAGGUGCUAGUUUAAAAAAACGUGUCUAAAAUACAAUUUCAAUAAAUAACUAAAAUAUUACAAUAGAUUUAGGUAGCGCAUUUUAGCAUGUGGUGCUGUGCUUAGAAAACGAAGUUUUUAUUUAAAUUCCGUAUACUGGAAAGUAAAAAAAAUAAAUAAAGAGAUGUCGAGGAAAGUUUGUAUCAAAUUUUAUUAUAAUAACCUUUGUUUAUGUCCGUAUUUUAACAUUCUAAGCAUAGUACCAUUGCGGAUCGAUACAAUAUGCAUAACAUAUUUAUUACCUAAGAGAACAUAACGAACGCUAGACUCUAGAUAGUAAAAUGCAUGGGUAAUUUCAUAUAGCUAUUGUUGUUUAUUUUUUGUUUUGUUUAUUAGUCAAUGUUUUAGAUUUGAGAUUUAUAGUGGAUUUAGACGUUCACUAACAUAUUUUCGUACAAGGAGUUGCUUCCAACUCGACCGCUGAAUUCCUUCCGGUGGGACUGUUGCUCCAAAAAUCCUGAAUGUACAAAAAACAAGUGACACCACGCUUGUGUAUCCAGCUAGUUUGUGUUAGGAAGUGUUAGUCAAGGUGGUAUACCUUUAGUAAGACUGGAAUAAUGGUUCUCUUUAUUGUUUUCGUUGUGUAUAGCCUCUGUGUGCCGCAAUCUCCGUGUUGUUGGACUUUUAAGGAACGAGUAGGGAAAUGAGAACGGUAGGUUCUCCUUGUAUCGCAUGGGUUCUUGCUAGUGUCUGAAAUCUGAACUACAGAUUCUACCAAUAAACUCUUCCAGUGCGGAGCGUAACAUAAAAACAAAAACAUGUGUUACCACUUCUAUGAUAAUAACCUACUGUUCUCUUUUUACUAUGCCAUGGACUAAAGAAUAAUACUAUGGAUAGAACGGACACUCCGGCCCGCACCAAUUCGUAACGGUGCCGAGCUUAUUUACCUCGCUAGGCCUCACUUUCGUCUAAACAGCCGUAAGACGUUAAGGAGUAAGGGAGCGCGCGUGGACUGUUUGUUUUGCUCGCACUUAUGCGUUAAACGGCACACGGUAAUACCGAAAUUUUUCUAUGGAGUGUCCGGGCUGUGACUAAGGCGAAACCGUUCCCAAAAGUAUGAAUUAGUUUUAUUUAUUAACAGUUCCUUAACGAUACAGAUGCUUCAGUCUCAGACCCGCUCUGAGAUUUAAUUUAUGUGAAUGUGGAUCAAUCUUAGAGCUUUAUCGAAUUUGAUAAUAAUUUACGGAUGAAUAUUUAUAAAAAAAGAAAUAUGAACAAGAAAAAAAUGGUAGAGAAAAUUGAUAACUCACUGUUUAGAUAGUUAAUCCUGCAAGAUUGUGUAUCGUAGUUGGUUUUUUAUCUAUUUUAACUGAUGCUAGUUGUGUAGUAGAGUUGGUACGAGCCUUUGCCAUUAGGUGAAGUUAGUUGUUAGGUGGAUACGGCCCUAAAGCUUAUAGUACGAAUCUAAUAGUAACAUGUUUUAAUAUAACCGUGCAUGGUUUCAAGAAUUCUCGUUUAGAACAAAGUAACUGUUUAGCGUUAUCGAUGUGUCAGUUCUCAGAUUAGGGUUAAAGGUGAUGGUUAGGUUAUUUCAACAUGUUGAUAAAUGUUGGUGUCUUAUGAGCCAUUAGUUGCCCCGCGUUGGGCGCCAAUUUGUACUUCGCAUCGUGUGCACAAAUACUCUAUUCUAAUUAAAAGUUUUAAUCACUGUUUUUUGAUACUAAGAUGAUGUAGUCGGGUGGAAGUUUUUAAGGCUAAAGGGAUGUUUUAUAUUAGUUGCAAGUGUUAGUAUUUAUAUCGGAAUGAGUGGACAAUAACGGUGGGUAGUCCUGUUUUAACGUAUUGUGAUACAUUCGGGCAGUGGCUGCGCGGUCGGGUCUACCACCACAGUUUUUAAUCUUACUCUUAUUAUUAUUAAGUUUAACAUUGCUUCUACGAGGUUUUGCCGUAACACUAGGCAGAUUUUUUUCUAUUGGGUAUUUAGUGGAUUUGAUUAUAUUUUGAGCCAUUGUUUAGUGCAUAGUCUACUAAUAUUUUUGCUAUACGCCAAUUCGCAGUGAAUAGGUCUGUCCAGUUUAUAGGAAUGGCAUCAUGAAUUUUUAUACGUGAGGACCAAAUCUGGUUUUUCUAUUUUAUUGUGAGUUUGAAAAAUGUAAAGAAAAUAUGGAAAAAUACAGGAUUUAUUUUGCCAGUUCCUCUUAAAUGUAAGUGAGAAUUUCUAAAAUAUUUUUAUAGUUGUAAGUGUUUUUAGGUACUGUGUGAGUACGCAAGUAUUACUCAGGUCUGCGAGGUUUCGUUUCAGUGUUCUCUGUUCAACAUUGUGCGGUAUACUUAGUCGCCGUCUCAUGAAUUUUGUACUGCAUACGUAUCCGAAUAGUUAAGUUUUAUUGUGGUGCUGAACUACAUUGUUUUUGUCGACACCAAUAAAUGUAUUUCUAUGUUAUCCUUUAAGUUGUAAGUGACUGUGACAGUUGAUUCUGUAAGAAACAAUCGGCAAAUGUGAUGGGAUGGGUUUUCGAGUUAUUUUUGUCGAAAUUUGAAAUCUCACUACAUUUAGUCCGUCAUUCAGUGAUUUGUUCAGUUGUUUGUUGUUUUAUGUGGGUUACCAUUACAUCAUCUAGGGAUAAAUAUUAUAAACACUUAUUGUAACAAAAUAAUAGUUGACAUAUUAAGGUAUGCGCACACCAAUAUUCUAACAGCGGAACUUCCACACACUCUAACAAUAAUACUGUAAAUUCAACACUUAAUUUUACGCACACUGUUAAGAAUUACUUGUCUGCUUAAUAUUUUCGAAUACACGUCGAAAAAUAAAUUAAAAACUUAAAUUAAAUUUAAGGCGUUCCGCUGCCAAGCUAUUGACGUUCGUGUGAUCCACAUAGGCCAAAUAAAGUUAUCAACUUAUUUUGACGCGAUGGUAGCUCACGUUUUUUCGCACAUAUUUUGGUCGAACAUGUUUAUCAUUACGUAAUCCAAGUUAAUAAGCAUAAUUUAUAAAUUAUCAUGUAUAUGAAUAACACCAAUGAUUUAUAUGAAUCUGCUGUAACUCGGUAAGCUUGAAGCAUUUUGUCUUUGCGUCACUGCCACUACAAAUACCCAUAGACAUGUGUACUGCAUUCAGUUUGUAUGUUUCUUGUUAUUUUUGUUUUAAGCAUCGCUACGUAGGUGCCACACAUAUUUUUAAAUAGUUAAAUGGAGAAAAUUCGCUAGUCCAUAAUAUGUAAAACUUUGGAUCUGUCUGUUUAUAACAAAUACUUAGGUGUUUUUAAGAUACUUAAAUAUAUAGGACUCGUUUGAGUGAGCGUGUUGCUUAUGAAAUUAAAUUAUAUUUAAGUAAAUUACUAAAUUCUUUUUAAAUAAAAAUGUAACAUGAAUUUUAAUUUCAAGUUGACAACUGUUUGUAACAUAACUUAUUUUGUAUACCUUUCACAGCAUCAUUACAUUUUCUGUCAAUUGUUUAAAAAUAAACCAAAAUUAUCCGGGAAACCUUAAUAACAUAAGAACAAAAAUGUUUUCGAAUAAGUCUGUUUUAGAUUAAGUGGCAAUUAUGUUUAAUGCGAUUAAUUUGAGCAUAUUAUUCGUCUUUAAUAGAAUUUAAAAUCGAACUAUCAUUACGGAACUGACUUUGUACUCUAAAAAUAAAUUCUUAUUGCCAAAAUGACGCUCCCUCAAGCGGGUCCCGAUACAAAAAUAUACUAUCUGUGGUGAAUAUCGAAUUUUAUGAGCUUAUUAAAACUUAAUUCCGUGGUAUUGCGAAUUGUUGUAAUGGUGUGCUAAAGUUGUAUCGAUAUUGUGCAUCUCCAGACUUCUCUUUUUACUUACCAUUAUAACCAUAAUGGUGCUCCCACACUGAGGUUAUGAAUUUGUUAUAUAAAAAUGCCGAAAGUUCUUGUUCCGAACUUUAGGAGUAAAAUAUCGUAAUGUUACUUUCCAUUAAAAACAACUGGUUGCAGCGAACGAUAACUUCAACUGUGCACUUAGUUACUAUAAAAUGUUAUAUUACAAUAUGCUAAAAUCAGUUUAGGAGUGUUACAAGCCAUAAUAAUAAUUGUGCUAAAAGUAUUUCGCAUAAAGAAAGAUAAAAACCUUUCGAUUGGCAUGAUCUUUACCGAACCUGCCAUUAUUUUUACUUAGAUAUACUAUUUUGUAAAAGAGUCGAACGGAAAUAUGGUCGGGAGGAUUAAGUUCAUCAGACAGUAAAUAGAUGUUACUUUGUAUUUCAAAUAAUAUUUAAGACGUUAAAGCUAAAAUUUGUAAAAUUGUGGCUUGAAGAUUUAGGAAUUACGGAUGAGAUGAAAUAUGUUCAAAAUUUUAGAGUAUGCUAUUUGAGGAUUAGUAGCUUUACAUUAAAACAACAAAUUUUCGAUUAUUAUCUCAUUAUAUACGUCAUAAAGACAUUGAUUUUUAGUUUUUUUGAAUACUAUCAAGAAUAGUUAUUUAAAUACGUCAUAUUAAUAGCCAUAGCCUUCCCCACUAACUGAGGUAAGAAACAUAACCCACCACGCUUCUCCACUCCGGGUUAGUGGAGCAAAAUUAUUUAAAAAGUACUAUUGACAUUUAGUUUAAGUAUAUGACACAUUAAUUUAUGAGUAUAUUUUAAUAAUGAAUAGUGAGAUGUGCAAUAUCGAUCAUAAGGGCGGGUUUCCACUGACGCGGAGAUGGGCGGAGAAGAGCGGAGAUGUGCGGAUUUGACCAAUCACAGCGUUCGAGAGAGCGAAAAACGAAGACGCUCUGUUACUCUCUCCCUCACGGUGAUUGGUCGAUUCCUGCACAUCUCCGCUCAUCUUCGCACAGCUCCGCGUCAAUGGAAACGCAGCCUAAAGCGGGUACUACACUAAAAAUAAAGAAAAAAUGUGUUUUCAAAAAAAAUGUUUGUUAAAAAGCUAAAUAGUAUUUCAUAAGAUGCCAAGCUAUCGCAUUCGGACCAAGGAUUAUUGUGUAAUUAAGUGUAGUCACUUCACUUGCUGAGUACCUCUAGCAUUUUACAUAGAUGGAAUUGUAUGGGGCUCGAGCUAGGUCGAAAUGGGUUAGUAAAAUGUAUUGUGAAUAUUACCUGCUGUCAUGAACAUUUAUAUGUAUACACUUUACGACCAUGUUACAUUAACUUUUUUGACAAAUUGAACUGCAAGUCUCACUAAAUGUCAUAAUAUGUUAAUGCGACAGAGUUCUAAAGUGAGUACAUGAUAUUGCUUAAGAAUGUAGUAUGCUCCCCAAAAGCGAUGCAAUGAUGAAAAUGAAUAACAUGUUACAUUCAAUUUAUAUGUACAUCGCUAGAAAUUUUAAUUGCAAUAUCGAUAUCGAAUAUUAUUUCGCUUUUCAAAUCAAGAUCUACUCAAUUAUCUAUUAUGUCAAAAACAGUAUUAUAAAGUCGUGAGUUAAUUCAGUUUCCAGAAUCGUAAGGGACAAAAUCUACUUAUACAGGGUGUUCGUGACAGUCGCAAAAGUAUGGAACUAAAAAUAAUGAAAAAAAAAACAGUAAUUUUUUUAUGAAUUUUCCGACAGGAAAUUCCACUUCAUAUCAACUCAGACCCAUGGGCUGAAUCAUCCGUCUCAGUAUUCAUUACGGUGUCGGUAAUAGUCCCUAACAAAAAAAUUAAUUUCCACUAGAAAUCCCAACGAAACUUAAUUCUAUUAAGCUAAACACGUUUCGACCUAACGCAGCGACCAUUUUAUAUAAAAAAAAGUUUAUAAUAAUUAAAUAUUUUGACAAUGUCUUCAGUCUCUUCAUAAUAGAUCUAUGUAUGCAAUAUUUGUGAUCAAUGUAUGUUAGAUUUCACGGCAUGACAGACUGAUUUAAAGAGCAGGUUGGUUCACUUGGUCACUAUAGAAUCUGCUCUGGCAGUAUUAAAAGAGGUUACGUGCAAAAGUGUGGGUAUAUUGAGCAGUUUUUCGAGUCAACUAUUGACUGUUUGAAGUAAAAGUAUAUGAUAUAGCAUAAUGAGCCACGUCAAGGCCUUUGACUGCUGCAAUAACUCUGACAUCAGGGUUGCCGAGGUCGGUCAUUGGUAUCACAACCCAAACGAAAAUUACGGCGUUGUUGAUAUGCUAAAAAAUAGUACAGUCAUCAGCAAUAUCAUGUACCCACUUUAGAACCAUGUCGCGCUAUCAUAUUUGACAUUUAAUGAGGAAUACCUACGGUUUAAUUUGUCAAAAAAGUUAAUGUGACAUGGUUUCAAAGUGUAUACUAUUAGUAUUCGUGACCGUACAUUUAAAAUUGUAUUAAAUAGUUAAGUUUUUGAAAUACCCACAUAAAACUUGGGUCAUUAAAAAUGUCCUGGUUGUCAACUUAAUUCGGUUUUAAAUGUUGUUCCACUGAUAAUAAUAAAAUAAUAAAAAGGUUUCCACUUAAGAAACAAAACAAAUUUUCUUAGUACGAUGUGCUAACCUGACGAUGUAAACGGCUUUAAAUAAUAAUAAUUUCAUGACUCGAAUACAAAAUUAAGAUUGCAGAGAUGACAAAUAACUUUUGAGUGUUUAUGAAACUUUUGCACGUAACAAACUCGAAAGAUUAUAAUGUAGCAAAAUACAAUAACCGUUAAACGUAUUGGUGUUAUCUAGUUCAAAAGGAGAUGGGGCAAUGCUCAGUUUGGGAUAUUUUAUUGUAAAGAAAUGUGGAUGGAACUGCUACCGUUUUAGUAGAAAAAGUUAGUAUUGCCAAUGUGUAGGGAUUUUUUACAUAUAAAUGUCUGUAUGUCUUGAAGGUUUUGUUAGUAAGGCAUAUGUCUGUUAAUGUUGUAAGUAACUGAGCUUUUACUAUAGUGUUACUCGCGAUUGCCAGAAUUUUGUGAUGAUAUUUAGACUGUUGUAUUUAUCGAGCUAUUAAAGGUAGCAGAACCAUUGUAGUAUAAAAAUUAGACCCAAAGUGCCCCAUGUCCUUUAUUUAAUGAAAAUAAUUAGCGUACGCCAACUGUCUCGUUCAAAUGUUGUGAAUUAAGUGUUAAAUGUUGUCCUCCUAUCAAACCGUAUAGGAUAUUGUUUAUCAGAUUAUUCAGUAGUUCAUGCUAGAUGCAGUCUUGAUUUUUUCUUACUACUAAUGUUUUGUUACUGUUUUGGCACUGUAUUAAUUACCUUCUGACAAAAAAUAUAUAAUGAAAUAAAAAUG